GGAGGGGACGAUGUCAUGGCCUGUGUGCAUGAUGACAAUGGGAGAGUACGCAUCCAACAUUUUUAUAAUGUUGGCCAGUGGGCUAAAGAAAUUCAGAGAAACCCAGCUAGAGAUGAAGAAGGCGUGUUUGAAAACAACCGGGUAACAUGUCGGUUUAAACGCCCUGUGUAUGUUCCUAGAGAUGAGACAAUAGUGGAUUUGCACUUAAGCUGGUACUAUCUGUUUGCCUGGGGACCAGCAAUUCAAGGUUCUAUAACAAGACAUGAUAUUGAUGCACCUCCCGUUUCAGAGAAUGUUGUCAGCAUUUACCGUUAUGAGGAUAUUUUUAUGCCUUCAGCGGCCUACCAAACAUUCUCUUCUCCAUUUUGUCUUCUACUGAUUGUUGCUUUGACCUUUUAUCUGCUAAUGGGAACUCCCUAAGACUACAGCUGUUAACCUUUGGAAAUGACACUCGUUAUAAGGACUUAUUGUUCUCUUUGUUGUGCUAGAUAUUUUCUGCUGAUAUCUUCUGCUGGGACAAUCAGUUACAGGUUAUUCUAGCAGCAAUGUAUUAUAUUGCAGAUGCAGAAGGUGGAUGUUAUGCAAUCAAAAAUAUGUGCCAAGACAAUGA